CGCUGUGCAGGUUACGGUGAAUCACUCCUCCAGAGGCUAUAAGUAGCACCACUCUUGUCCUGCUGUUGUUUCCCUGCUCGCACUUUGUGAACUUGGACUUUUAUUUUACGGUCACAAUGAGUAAGUCCGGCACACUGAAGGGCUUGUUUAAAUUAAAGUCACCUGAGAAAGAAAGCAAGGAGCGGAAACAGUCGGGCUCUCUCAAAGAUGGAGCCACGACCCCCAGGGACAAGUCGGAGACUUUACCGACGAGCCCCGGACCCCUCAGCCCGGGAGACAACGCCACACUGACCGGUGACAUUUUACCCAUUUCCCCCAAAGUAAAGAAAAGGCGGCUGUUGUCGUUCAAGCUGAAACGGAAGAAAUCCAAGCGCAAAGACGAAGGAGGAGGAGAGGUCUUCUUCCCUGAGACUGAUGAACUGGACAGCUUCAACAGCCACCGGAGCUACGACCAGAUGAGUGUUUCCACAGAGUGCAGUUUCCGGACUGAAUCGGACUGGGACCCUUAUUCUGAGUCCUCCUCCAUGAUCAGCUUUGACAUGACUCAGCCUUACAACCCAACUUCACCCUCCAAAUUCUCCAAGAAUUCCGAGGAGAAGAAGGGAGUGUUUGAUCGCCUCAGCAACUUCUUCUCGUCCAAGAGAAAGAAGAGCAGUAGUAGGCGGCAUUCAGAAGCCUCCAGCGAUGCAAGUUCCCCAACAUCCCCCUUGUCUCCACGUUUACCCCAGUCUCAACAGGAGGAUGGGCUAAAGACUCCUACUCCUUCUCGAAAAGACAGUGAGCUAACGAGCCCUCAAUAUGCAGAGAGCAGAACAGGAGCACCUGAAACGCUCAGCCAAAGCUCCAGUCCCAGCACUUCAAGCAUGAUUUCUCUAAUGACCAAUGAUGCAGACGUCCCGUUCGCAGACAGUAACAGCAGUGGCCGAAGCAGUGUGAGGGAGGUGCCUGUGUGCAGGGUCAGCACAGACAGCGGAGAAAGGAAUUCUGGCAAUGUGACUCCCACCACUGUGGACCCUGCUGCCACCGUUUGUCUAAGUGCUGAUCUGAACUCAGAAUUAGGUUUUGCAGAGUCAGUGGUGGAGGAAGUAAGCAGGAGGCUGCAUGUCAGUUUGGAAGAAAGUAUCCAUAACACUACAGAGGGCUCCAGGGAGGAUAAUGCAGUUAACCAGACAGCACUGUCGACAUUUAAAAUCCCCCUUUCUGUUGCAGCUGAGGGUCCAAAGUCACCUAAUUUAACCUCUAUAAGCUUAGCUUCAAAGAAAGCAUCCGUGAAAAUUGGAGAGAAGGGACACAGCACUUCCCUAAGAGGAAUAACUUUAGGCUCUCAGUCGUCCACCUCACAGCUCAUCAGGACUCGACAGGAAGAUGGAGACUCGCCAGUCAUAUCAAGAGAAAACUCAGGAGCCAAGAGGAGGGGUCAGAUAUUCUCUUGGGACUCUGUAACCGCAGGAUGUAGCCCCUCACCAGAGAAAGAGCAAGUACCCAGAGGUGAUUCUCCUGUCCAACUCCACAAAGCCAUAUGGGUGGAAACACACCUGGGAGAGGAGGAGGAAGGGGAGUGGGAGGAGGGGAAGGAGAAGGAUGUAAUGAAGGAAGGGGAGGAGGGCUUCAGAGCAGACUCGCCUCCCGUGCUGGCUAUACCUGUCACAGUAAUUCCUGAGGACGACCCAGUAACUCAGGGAGCUGCAGACAGCCCUUCUUCCCCCUCAGAGACUUUGCCGUCCAGUGGCAGCCUGCCAGAAUCAGCCCUCUCCUUGGCACCGACUGCACUGGAGUCCCAAACAAACGUACCGCAGCCAGAGGAGCCCGACACUGGCACACAGUCAAGGAAACGCAGACCAAGAGAGCUUCGUGUUACGCGCAAGACUGUGAAUCUGCCCUCGAAGAACAAGGUUUUUGCCCAAAAGGUGUACGUAAGCCCGGAGCCAAGUUUGGAUGGGAACGAACCAGCCGGAGAAGAGAACAGCAGCGAUUCAACUUUAAAGACUUCAGACACGACAGAAGUAAAAGCACUGCCAAGCCUCCAAAACAAGAAUGUGGAACUCAAGGAAGCUGACCUUGGGCCAAUUUCAGCAACAGAUGGGACUACAAACUCUGACACAAAUAGUCCUGAAGCAGUAGUUAAGGACAAAACUGAUUCUGAGGCCUCUGACUUUGAUGAUACCUCUGCAACCUCGGACAUGUACAGAGCAAAGUCACAAGCAGUGGGGUCUGGGGUAAAAGGCACAAACCAGGCUUCACUCUCCAAACGAGGGCUUAAAUCAGCAGCAGAAAGUCAGCAUACAGCAGCAAGUGGAGCAAAGACCCCAUCCUCAGCAGCUGGCAGCAAGGCCAAAAAUGUGACAAAAAAGGAUAAGCCCUCCACAGAGAGUGUAAAAGUGGGAACAUCCAGUGAUGUUCCAUCACAGAGGGAGCAUAGCAGUGAUAAGACAGUUUCUAUGUUACCAGCAGUAAAAGACCAAAGCCCCAGUGGGGGUUCAAAGUCUAAAAUCCCCAAAAGGUCAACAUCAGAUGCUGAUGUGAAAUCACCAGUAACACCAGAUAAAACAUCAGUGACUGAUGCCUCAGGGUCAGUGGUGAAUUCCAAACUGCAGAAACAACCCAGAACCAAAGAAUCUUUGAAAUCUCCGGUUACUACAACCAAAACUGGCAGGAAACCAAGUUUUGAAGAAGCCAAGGGAGGGAAAGCUCUGUCAGGAGACAUUUCUCCCACAAAAACCACACACAAGGCAGUAACAAAGCAUAUUAAAGAAAGGUCAGAUGAGGACAGUGGCUCUUUAAACCUGGUAAAUGGUGUGGAGAAAGACCAUGUGGAGAGUAGUGAUAAAACAGGACCCCGAACUGACAGGGAGAGUCUGGAUGUCAAAAAACAAGAGCAAAACCAUCUGGAGAAUAAUCCCUCCUUGGAAUCAAAUAGUCGGUUGCCCAUUUCAUCUCCGACAAGAAAGAGGAACAAUGAGGUAACUGAAACAAGUGGCACUAACUAUAAAAAAAGAACAUCCAGUCAGACAGACUCAGACAGACCCAAAGCAGCCCAGAAGCAGAAUCCAGAGCAGCAAGAAGUAACUCCUAGCGAGAGACCUGGUAGUGAGACACCACCCCCACUCCCUGAAAGUCCCAAGAAAGGAAGCAUGCUGUCAACAAGACUAUCCAAACCCCUCUCUAAAAGAAGCACUAGUCAUAAAGAGAGUGACACGUGUGUCUCUCCACCUCCCACCAAGCAAGAGAAAACUGUCUUAUCAAGGCUCUCCAAACAAAGCGACAUCAAACACCACAAAAGCUCAGCAAAGGAUUCAGCUGAUCCACCAUCAUCUGUUAGCAAGCUUCCUACAAGAGGUCAGAGAAGCUCCAACAAAGUAAAAUCUGAAAAAAAUUCAGGACCUGAGAAUUUUGCAAGCACAUCUGUAUCUGUACAGGACGACUCAAAUCAGAACACUAACACAGAGACAACUGUCAAAGAAUCUGAGAGUGCCAUCGCAGAUCAGGUGAAGGACAGUGCCAGUGGAGACAGAUUGAAAUUCAAGUCACUGUCUACAGAGGAAGAAGGUUGCAUAAUGAAAACCACAGUGAAUCAGGCCAGUACUACUGAAAUCAAAAUGAAAGGAAAAGAGACAAAGGAAUUAGAGGAGUGCAUAACCAGUCCUACAAUUGAAGAGCUUUCAGGAAUCCAGCCAAUUCAAAACAACAAUGCAAUUAUUACAGAAGCCACUCAAGCAAAAGUUACACUAGUCACAGGCCCAGGAGCUGAGGUAUUGCCUCUUGAGGUUGUCAAGGAAAGUCCAUCUCAGUCGCCAGUUACUGAUAGCCAGGAAGGACAGUGUGAGCCUCCACCUGAAAAUGUAUCUCACAUUCAACGUGACAACACCCCACAGGAACAGGAAACAUCGUUAUCACCAAAACCUUGUCCAAAAGAAGUAAAAGGGAAAGACAUUGUAGAGGCAACCCAGUUAAUAAGUAAUAUAAAACUAGAUUUAAUUCAGGAGCCAGGCCUUAAAGAGCCAAUUUCAGCAGUGUUGGCUCAGGACAUAAUACCAGCUCAAAAGGAUGUAAGUGAUAUGUCAGCCAAACCUGUUUUGGUUAACAGCAUUCACUGUGACAUAAUGACUGACUCUGAGCAGGAAGAAGUUAUGCCUGGUAGUGUUUCCCUUGAAAAAACAAAUAAGGUAACUUCUGACAAAGAUGUUGAGCCAAAAGAUGUACUUCCAGGCACUGUUUCAGUUGAUGCUAACCUGGCCAGUAAAGAGCAGCAAAAGGAUCAAACCACAGAUAACAUUCUUGAAAAUAAUAGAUUGCCCACAGUCAGCAGACAUGCAGUAAAAGAUUCUGAGGUAGAGGAGAAAAGUAAAGAGGGUGUUGGCAGGAAACCAGUAGAGUCUUUGGACAUUCAAACAGAGACUGUGACUGUUUGUGAAUUGCCCAAGAAUGUUGAAAAUCAACCGGACAAAGAGUCUCUUUUACUGAGAGCAGAAUUUGAAAGGCAGGAGAAAGACUCAAAACCAAAUGAAAGGCCGGAUGACGCAGCGAUGGAAAGCACUGACUCACAGAACAGUUGCAAAAAUGAGCUCAAGGGUAUAACUAUCGAGGAUGAAGCAGAGAAAGACAUUAAAGAGCCAGAGAAACCAACACAUCUAUCAUCAGAGGAGAAAUGUUUACAGCCUGACCCAGAUGAAGAACCACAGACGGUAGUUACAAAUGCUCUACCAGAGAAGGAGACAGAGACAGAGCAAGCACAAAAGGCACUCCAUGAAAAUACUACCAGUGUCGUCUAUACAAAACAGGAAUGUGGGAUACUCUUAAAAGAAAAUGCAGAACGUUUCAAUAAGGAAAUGGAUCCACAGAUGAACAUAUCAACAGUAAAAAAUGAACAGGAACCCAAAGUACUUCUAACCAAAGAUGAGGAGGUCAGGAAUAAUAAAUCAGAUCCGGAGGACAAACACACUGACGUAAAGGAGACUCCAGAACCUAAAGCCAUAAGCACUACAGCUCAAAUUGCUGAAGGCACUAAAGAAGAGAGUGAAACAAGGGAAUUUGAUAAAAAAUUACCAAAUAAAAUUACAAAUGAGACUGCUGACACUAAAGUUAGUAGCCAAGAGGACCAGACCACCUUGAUUGCUAAAGACCAAGAAGAGGACAUUAAAAAAACUGAUGAAAAUGUUUCUACAUCAGCAGAAUCCAAAUGUCCAAAAUCUAACGUAGAACAGCAACCUGAGACAGAAAAGGCUUCAGAGAAGACAAAAGAAGAAGUUUUACAAAUGGAUACAACUCAAGAACUAAGUGAAAUCCAGAGUGCUGUAGGUAGUAAAGAAGAGACUGAAACAAAAGAUUCAUCAAUGAAGAUUUUGGAGAAUGAGACUACAAUUACGAUUGCUAAGACUAAAAUUAGUAUCCAGGAAGAUCAGAAAUCCAUAAUUGUCAGGGACCAUGAUGAUGACAUUACAAAACCAGAGAUAACUAAAUCAAUUAAAUCCAAAUGUCCAAAUGCCAACCUAAAACAGGAACCAAAGACUGUAACGAAAGGAUCUCCAAAGACUAAAGAAGAUACCAAAACUGAAAAAUCAACAGUUUUCACAUCUGAACAAGCAACUAGUAAGACUCAUACGAAACAGGAAAAGAAAAAUAUAAUUAAAAAGGAUGUAAAUAAAGUGACAAAGCAGGAGGAUCAGCAGAUGAAACCAUCAAAGAUAGAUACCAAGCAAGAGUCAAAACCAAUUUUUGGAGACAAUGCAUCUAGCUCCCAAAACAGUGGUGGAGAUCAAAAAGACAAGCCCACUGUUUAUUCAGAUAAAGUACUUAAUAGUACUGAUGCCGAGAAGAAUGAUGAAGACAAAGAUGAGGAGGUCAGGAAUCAUGAAUCAAAUCAGGAGGACAAACACACUGACGUUGUAAAAGAGAGUCCAGAACUUAAAGCCUUAAGCACUAUAGCUCAAAGUGCUGAAGGCACAAAAGAAGAGAGUGGAACAAAGGAAUUUGGUAAAAAAUUACCAAAUGAAAUUUCAAAUGAGACUGCUGACACUGAAGUCAGUAGCCCCAACGACCAGGCGGCCUUAAUUGCUAGAAACCAAGACAAGGACAUUGAAAAAACCGAGGAACAUUCUUCUAUAUCAGCAGAAUCCAAAUGUCCAAAUGCUGACCUCGAACAGCAACCUGAGUCUGAAAAAGCAACGGAGAAGACAACAGAAAGACAAAUGGAUACAACUCAAGACCUAAGUGAAACCCGGCGUGCUGAAGGUAGUAAAGAAGAGACUGAAACAAAAGCCUCACCAGUAAAGCGUUUGGUGAAUGAGACUGCAAUUAUAACUGCUAACAGCAAAGUUAGUAUCCAGCAAGACCAGAAGUCCAUAAUUGUUGUCCAAGAUAAGGACAGUACAAAACCAGAGAAAAACAAAUCAACACAAUCCAAAUGUCCAAGUGCUGCUAACAUAGAACAGGAACCAAAGACUAUAACAAAAGAAUCUCUAAAGAUGAAAGAAGAUACCAAAUUACAUGAAAAGUCAAGUCUUUUCACAACUGAACAAGAAGCUAGUAAGACUGAUACGAAACAGGAACAGAACAACCUCAUUAAAGAGAGUGUAAAUAAAGUGACAAAGCAGGAGGAUGAGCAGCUGAAGCCAUCAAAGAUAAAUGCCAAGCAAGAGUCAGCAGAACCACUUUUUGUAAAGGAUGCAUCUAACCAAAAAAGCGGUGGAAAACAAAAGGAUAAGCCCAGUGUUGUUCCAGAUAAAGUACUUAAUAGUACUGAUGCUGAGAAGAAUGAUGAAAAAACAAAAACAGAUAGCAGUUUGAAACAGGAACUGCAGACUUUAAAGGAAGAGAAAUCCAUGAACCUCAGUGAUCCACAAAAGCCUUCAAAGCCAACACUCAAUGGCAGUUCGUCUCUUUCUGCUACAGUGAAACCACCCAGUCCGUCUCUAAGUCUCCAGCUAAAGAAGGAAUCUCCAUCUAGCUGGUUAGAUGUUGAAUAUCAUCAAAAACAGAAGAAGGAACACAAGAGAAGACUAAAUGCCUCAGCCAGUGAGGAUGAAUCUCUUGAGUCUGAUGACUUUGAUGAUUUUAUCAGGAGCAUUAAGGAGGGCAGCGUUCCUUUCUCACUACCUCCAAAGAGGCACAUCCGUAAAAAGUCCCCGUCCCCACCUUUUUCCAUGCCGGCCAUUAAGGAAGACCGUUUCGAGAGAACGUUUGAUCCAGAGCAAUUCCAGUUCGGCUUAAGGAAAAAUAGCAAAAGUUUUAGGGAUCCUUCACCAGCUAUGGUGAUUAAACAAAAAGCAGCUAAUAGGGAAGGACGGACCCUGGAAAAACGUGCACAAGAUAAUGACAUGCAUACAGCUAGAGACCAAAUUAAAUCGCUUGAUGAGGUGGAAGGAAAAGCUGGAAUCAAAGAGGGGGCAAAUAUUGAUGCAGGAAAAGAAGAGCAACAAAACAAUGGAGAACAGCCUGGAAAGCUGACGUCACGACUUGAAAGGAUGUCCAUCCUCUCGAGCUUGCUGAAUUCUCCUCGGUCCUCCAGGAAGACCAAAGAGGAAGCUACCUCUGCCUCAAAUAACACGCAUUCAUCUAACCAACUACAGGACCUGCCCUUGCUGGGGAAGCAGGGAGUUGGUGAUUCACCUCUGCCUGGCGCUGAAGCAGAUAAGGAGGGUGCGAAAGGCAUAGAUCAAGGCUCACUUGUGGGUGGUGGUAUAGGUACAGUCAGUGAGUCAGCACUCAGCCCCUCCUCUCCUCCUCCUCCUAUGCCCUCAUUCUCGGAGAUAAAGUUGCCUGAUCAUUUAGAGAAAUACCUCAAGAAGAACAAAAGAGAAUCUGAGGCCUCCCAGGGCUCUACACAGACGACUAAAACUACACUGAAUCCUAAGGGGAGUACUGUGAUGGACAAAACCUCAAAAGCAGGAGCACCUAAUGUGGAUGUGGGCCUGAAGUGCCCUGCAGGACUGCCUCCAACCAGCAACUACAGCCAGCAGACUUCUCGAAAUGGACAUUCAACUUCUAAGACUAAGAUACCUGCAGUAAGAGGGUUCCACAAGAGGCCCGGCAAGAUCAUCAUACAUGAACAUGCUCAGUUUGGAGGGGAAGCGUUUGAACUCUACUGUGAUUUAGAGGACACCACCACAUUGAAGCUGUCACCGAUCAUCUCAGUCAGAGUUAUCAGAGGAUGCUGGCUCCUCUAUGAAAAACCUGGCUUCCAGGGUCGUAUCAUUGCCCUUGAAGAAGGUCCUACAGAGCAGAUAGUGAAUAUGUGGGCAGAAGAGGGAACUCCAACAACAUUAGACCAGAUGGGUCAGCCUGUGCCAACAGCACCUAUGGUCAUAGGUUCUAUCCGAUUGGCAGUCAGGGACUAUAGCAUACCCCAAAUUGACCUGUUUGCAGAGGUGAAUGGGUUGGGGAGGAUGUCCUCCUACUGUGAUGACACUGUAGAGAUUGGCUCCUAUGGGAUCCCACAGACCACUGGCUCCAUUAAGGUCCAUUCUGGAGUCUGGUUGGUGUACACUGAUCCAGGGUUCGGAGGUUUUGUAGCAGUGCUGGAGGAGGGGGAGUAUCCCAGCCCAGACGCCUGGGGUUUCCCUGAGCCCUUCAUUGGGUCUCUCAGACCCCUCCGAAUGGGAGCAAUCAGGGUGGAGCAUCCUAAUGACUUCAAGGCCUUAGUGUUUGAGAAGCCCAACUUUGAUGGAGAGUGCAUAGAGGUCGACAGCAACGUGUACAACUUGCAAGAAGAACCAGACGAGGAAAAACCAGGAAAACCGGACGAGAACAAGAAGACAUUGUCUGCAGUGGGCUCUAUAAAGAUACUUGGUGGUCUCUGGGUGGGUUAUCAAGAGGCAGACUUUGAAGGCCAGCAGUACAUCCUGGAGGAGGGGGAGUAUCCUCACUGCGGUGACUGGGGAGGGUCAGAGGACGGUCUCCUGUCACUCCGGCCUGUAGACACAGAUUUCCUGUCCCCCCAUGCUAAACUGUUCAGUGAGCAGCACUUCGAUGAGCUGGGGCUCAGCAUGGACUUGUUGGGUCCCGUCGUCAACAUGGAGGACGUCGGCUACGGUGUAAAAACUCAGUCUGUCAACAUCAUGAGUGGAGUUUGGGUGGGCUUUGAGAAGCCUGGGUUCAGCGGAGAGCUCUACAUCCUGGAGAAAGGCCUGUAUGCAAGCCCAGAGGACUGGGGAGCCCUGAACUUCAAGAUCUCAUCUAUACAGCCCGUCUUCCACGACACACUGAUGGGGACAACAAAAUUUAAGGUGCAGCUGUACUCUGAGCCAGACUUCCAGGGAAGGCUGGUGUCUCUGGAGGACAGCACAGAAGCUCUGGAUGAGGACUUCACACCCAGGUCCUGCAAGGUGCUGGCUGGCAGCUGGGUUGCAUAUGAAGGAGCCCAGUUCACAGAGAACUUGUAUGUGUUGGAGAAGGGAGAAUACCCCAACACAGAGGCCAUGGGCUUCCUGUCCACAGACUCUACCAUCCGCUCCAUACAGACCACUGGACAUGAGCUUUCUCUGCCCUCCAUCGUCCUGUUCAGUAAGGUGGGCUGUAGAGGUCGCAGGGUGGUGUUGUCAAACGGAGCUGUGAACCUGCUGCAGGCAGGCCUGGAUGCACGCAUACGCUCCCUGGUGGUGGAGGGUGGAAUGUGGGUGUUGUAUGAAGGGAGUAACUACUGUGGUCGGCAGCUGCUCCUGCAGCCGAGUGAAGUGGCUGAUUUGUGCGAGCUCAGCGGCUGGCAGCGAAUAGGAUCCCUGCGUCCAUUACUGCAGAAGCAGAUGUACUUCCAUCUCCGGAACAGGGAGACAGGAUGUAUGAUGUCCCUGACGGGAACUUUGGAUGACGUCAAGCUGAUGAGGGUUCAGGCUGUGGAGGAGACAAGAGGGGUGGAGCAGGUCUGGCUCUAUCGGGACGGGCAGCUUAGCUGCAAGCUGGUGGAGGACUGUUGCCUUGAGACCACAGGCAGCGUGGUGAUGGCGGGCUGCAGGCUCUGUGUUUCCCCAGAGAGAGGCAAAGACAACCAGCUGUGGAACAUCACUCCAGAUGGUCUGGUGCACUGCCACCUCAAACCUGACCUGGUCCUGGAGGUCAAAGGUGGCCAUCAGUAUGACAAGUACCAGGUGAUCCUCAACACAUUUGAUGAGAGAAAAUUAAACCAAAGGUGGACUUUGGAGAUCCUGUGAUCUGAUGAGCCUCCACUCGCCACACAGGCCUCUCCUGCAGCUCUGCCAAGGCACUCAGUGAGCCCUGUGAUGCAGCUCUGCUGUGGAACCUCACAGUUGGGCCUGGUAUAGGGGUUUUGCACAAACGCUGCACUCCUUUGUGACUCCUGUUUACUCUUGUUGAGGAGGGUUACCAUUGACUGGAUCAAAUGUAAUGUAUGUAUGUAAUGUAACCAUCAACCAAAAACAUGCACUCACACACAGUUUGAUGAAAUAGUGGUUUCUCUUUUUCAGAACAUAAAUUUUGCUUAUUUUUAGCGACUUGAUUUUGAACACUGUAUACCAAAGUCUCCUCUCUGUUUUCACUGCAUGUAGUGAGAACUCAGCCCUGUUUCCAUGCUGCAUACCUCUCUUUACUUUAUGGUACUUUUCUACUGCAUGUCUGCUGACAGCUGCAAUAUGAAGUCCAAUGUGCCUACACCAAAGAUCUCAGUAGACUAAGAUGUUUUCUUUUUGUAAUUACUGUGCUCAAAAAUGAUCUCAUGUAAAGUUUUGAUAUCUUUUCAACUAUUCUUUCCUGCUAAAGGUUGUACAAAAGCAUCAUGUGUAUAGAUUGUCAAAACUGCAAUAACAAUUCUGCCCACUGUAAAUAUGUGAAUGUAAAAGAGAAAACUGUUACAAAUGAAAAUAAGAAUAUGACUUUCUUUCUUGUCUUUUAAGAGAAUAAAACAUUUCUUUAGAUUUUA